AUGCGAGCUGCUGACAAUAAGGGUCCUCCACCGCCCCCCUCGCCUCCUCUCUUCUCGCCUUUGCAAGUCGGGGAAUCAGCUUCUGGAGAAGAAUGCUUAGAUGAUGAUGGGGAGGAUGAAGAGCAGACGAAAGAUCGCAUCGGCCGCCGGGAGUCGGAAGAGCGGAUGACGCAAUCCUCAGAAGCUCUCAUAGGAUCCAUCAACUUACACAUGGAGCUUGCUACAAAGAAAAGAGAGGUAUCUCAACUUGUCGACGAGAUGCAACGAUUGCAAUCAAGCAUUAAUAAUUUAAAAGAAAUGAGUACGUCUAAAAUUUCUCAGCUGCAGGACAUAGUCACGGAAAAAGACAGAGUAAUCAAAGAUUUGGCGGAGAAACUACUACGUCAGCAAGAUUACACGGAUCUAAAGAGAGAAUUGAGGUUGCUCAAAGCUUUGGACAUGGGAGGAUGGCAACCAUGGAACUCUGAGCAAAUGGAGGUCAGCUCCCCGACGCAUGACAAAACGCCUCCUGAACCGGCAGACACAAACGGAUCAAGAAUGUCACCUUCAUCUGGUACAAUCUUUGAAGAUGAGAGUGGUGGUGGUGCCGAUGAGAGUGCUUCCACGCCCCCUGCUUCAUCAGACCCUGUGGAUGCUAUUUCUGCUGAGCAGUUGCAGCGUUGCCUGCGUCUGAACGUUGAUCGCUUCUGUGGUGAGUCCCUCAACACGUUGUCGAUCUCACGUUGCGUUCGAGAACUCCUCAGCGUCAACAACAUCGGCCAAAGACUGUUCGCCAAAUUGGUACUCGGACUUUCGCAAGGAACCGUGUCAGAGCUUCUUUCUAAGCCAAAGCCGUGGGACAAACUCACCGAAAAGGGAAGAGAUUCCUACAGGAAAAUGCAUGCUUGGGCUUGUGACCAGCAUUGCGUUAUGUUGCUCAAAUCACUUCUUCCAAAAAAAGGACGAGAGGGAUCUUCAAAGCCAGAAACUGAAGAUCGAAACUCACACACAAAUCCCGACGCACAGUGUCCUCCGUCAAGCACAGAGGACAACAACAACAACAAUUCGGAAGUAUCCAUUGCUUCUCAACCUCAGAAUCAACACAAAGACGUGAGGCAUCACCUUCACCACAUGGGGCACCAUCCUUUGUACCCUGACGUCAUGAAUGGUGGAAAACCCUUCUGCCACUACGGACCAGAGUUCCCACCUGUGAUGCUGGCCCAUAUCUAUCAAGAAGAACUGCUCAAACUUAUAGGUAAACGCAUUAAGGAAGGUCAGCCCGAAGAGCAAGCGAAGCAAGCGCAAGACGAAAUCCGGCAGGCGCUCGCCAUCUACCACAGAGAGCUCACUCUUCUGGCCACGCAGGGAGCCCACCACCCGGACGCAUCCUGCCACUCGUGUCCUCUGCACCGCCGACCGGACUGUGGUAUUCCUUACUGUAGGGAUCAACCCCCGUGUUGCUUGCCGCACCCGCAGCAACAGGCGGCUCAUGAACAUGGUGGUUUCUUCAGUCCCGAUGCCUUGAAGGUAUUGUCUCCAUACUCAACAGCGUCACCCCUCAUACCCUUGCCUCCUGAGGGACAACAGAAUCCGAGCGGGAAUACGGGAGAGGAGACGUCCCCCCUUCAAAGGAUGCAAUCCAUCACCAAUUCACUCCUGAAUCAGGCAGCGGCUCCGAGUUUCAACGCGCUGCCUCAGCGACCCAUGAAGGCAGUGCUGCCACCCAUCACUCAGCAACAGUUUGACCAUUACAAUAACCUUAACACGGAAGACAUCGUCAAGAGGGUGAAGGAGCAACUCUCGCAAUACUCCAUCAGCCAGCGGCUGUUCGGGGAAAGUGUCUUGGGUCUGUCGCAGGGCUCCGUCUCCGACCUGCUGGCGCGGCCCAAGCCCUGGCACAUGUUGACGCAGAAGGGCCGAGAGCCCUUCAUUCGCAUGAAGAUGUUCCUGGAGGACGAGAACGCCGUCCAUAAGCUAGUGGCCUCGCAGUACAAGAUCGCCCCGGAAAGACUCAUGAGGAUGGGCGGAUACGGGGGAAGCCGGUCGACGAUGGUGCUGGCAGAGGGGAGCCCUUCUGCCCCCCUAACAGCCCACAGCCCUUCUGGGCCCUGUGCCGCCCUCCCCUCCAGUGGAAAUCUGAAAGGGGCUGCUCCUGGUGUGGGCCGUAGGGGCAGCAGAUGUCUCGCCCCCUAUGUCCAGCCCUCCGUGUACGAGAUGGCUGCCAUCACUACUGACCUUGACACACAGAUUAUCACAGCUCGGAUAAAAGAGACCCUUACCGUCCAUAAUAUUGGACAAAAGUUAUUCGGAGAGGCUGUUCUGGGACUGUCCCAAGGGUCAGUGAGUGAGCUCCUGUCCAAACCAAAACCUUGGCACAUGCUGAGCAUCAAAGGACGGGAGCCUUUCAUAAGGAUGCAGCUGUGGCUCAACGAUCCGACGAACGUUGAGAAGCUUCAAGCCAUCAAGACAGAAAGGCGAGAAGCGAACAAGCGUCGUCGGAAUGCCAUUGAUUCAGAUGGUCCGUCGCCUCUGCUACCUUGCGGAGACCAGCAACAAUAUCCAAUGGACCCCAUGUUUCUCUACCCACCUUCGGCAAAGAAACCCCGAAUCCUCUUCUCUGAGGAACAGAAGGAAGCACUGAAACUUGCUUACAACUUGGAUCCCUACCCGAGCACGGCGGUGAUGGAAUUCCUCUCUUCGGAGCUAGGUCUGUCCAUUCGCACCAUCACCAACUGGUUCCACAACCACCGGAUGAGGCUGAAGCAACAGAAUCAGGAGCCGGAACCUCCACCUCAGUACCCGAAUCCUGAAUCUUCAACCACUUCGUUCGAUCCCAUACGCUUCAGGCUGUUACUCGGGCAGAGAUUGGCAGAGAUGUGCAAGAGCCAACAGACAGGCCAGUUGCUUCCUUAUUUCUCAGAAACCCAGAGGUCGAUGGGUCAUCUACCGGAGCUGCCAGGAUUACCACAGGCAAUUGGGAAGUUGGACUCCGAAAACACGUUAGACCUUAGCAUGUCAAGUCAACAGUACCCUCAAAAAGACGUCAAGAGAGAAGACGAAAUUGAUCGUAAAUCAGUAGAAUCAAUUUCGAUUCGAACACCAUCUUCCACUUCUUCCUCUCAGAUAGCCCAUUCUGCAGCUGUGGACUUAACACCAGUUCCUGAAAAAACUUCAGCCACUUCUUUUGACAACAGGAAUCCUUCUCCAGAGUUUACAAAUUCCAACACAAUCAAAUCUUCGUUAGACCUCAGUUUUUCUACGUUGCAAAGAUUGGCUGCUCAAGAAUUUUCAUCAACCAGUACGAGUACCGGAUCUUGUGCAGAAGAUUCAUCCAGAAAUACAACGACAGAUAUCGAAAACUUAUUCCGGGAGUCUACUACUAGAUUAGACAAUACAAUUCGUAAAUUCAAUUCAAACAAUUUGACAGAUUCACCGGUUGACUUAAGAGAGGAAAAGCGCAUGAAUAUUGCUACAUCAAGCGGCAUGAGCGGUAGUAAUAGGCGUAAAGCUGCUGCACCUCAGUGGGUAGAUCCUGGAUUGGACCUCUCAGCAGAUAGUGACAUAUGUGGAUUUGAUGACGACGACGAUGAUGACGAUAACGAACCGAUUUUGCAAGCAACUUCCGCAUCCGGCAGCCAAGUGAUCAAUGGUGUUUGCGUCCGACAAACGGAUUUUUCAUCUCACGCUGGAAAAGCAACUAAUGGAGUGAAAUUAGAACAAACUGAACUGAAUUUUAGUUGCGCAACCAAUAAAGAUGAGGAGAAAUCCCGGUUUGAGAGGGAACAGAAUAUUAGACGACUCGAAAGAGCCCUUGCAGAUAACGAAGAAGGUUGGGAUGACAUCAGUGAUGAUGACGAUUUGUGUGCCAGAACAUAA